AUGUCGGAGUACGUGUACGCGCUGCACGACUUCAUCCCCGAGAACGACGAUGAGAUCGACUUCAAGGCGGGGGAGCGGAUAGAGGUCGUGGAGAAGGACGACUUGUACGGAGAUGGCUGGUGGAAGGGCCGCAAUCUCGCUGGGAAGGUUGGACUAUUCCCCCAGACGUACACCGCCCCAGCUCCGGCUGCCGCAAACAGCAGCAGUUACGAAGACGCCCAGUCAACCCCUACGAAGGCCACAUCGCAAUCCACCAACGGAGAUACCCCUAGCGCCCCUGAAGUUCCCUCAUCUCCACCCCCGUUUCAACUCCAGCUCAACGGCCUCGACACCGUAUCGGAGGUUGGAAGCACCGACGGCGUCAUGAAAGAAACCAUGACAGAUGUCCAGAAGGCACUCGAGCAGCUCGGCGCGCGCCGCGACGGCGAUGGACGCAGCUUCAGCUUUGCCAGCACGCACGACGAUCGCGACACCGAGACGGACACGGAUUACGACAUGAGCGAUGUCGACACUCAGGACGGCGAGAACUGGCACAAGGGCGCGCGCCGCAAACUCGCUGAGAAGGCAAGACGCGCAGUCGAAGAGGCGGAGAAACUCGAGCAGAUGAUGGGCACCUACAACGGCACACGGCUGGUCGCGCCUCCUAUUGACGUGGAGAUGAGCGACGAGAGCGAUGACGAGCACGAUGAACGGUUGGAUCACGACCGCGAUUACACGUCUCACUCGUAUCAGCGCGACCACCCUUAUAUUCCGGAAGAGAGCGAGGAGGACGAAGAGCCUAUGGUCAAGAAGGACGAGCCUGCCGAGGUCCACGCCUUGACCACGGACGAGCACGACGAGGUUCCACCAACAGCGACCGCCUCCCGAUUCGGUGUGCGUAGUCGCUCGCCAUCACACUCACCUCCGCCUGUUCCCCCGCCCGUUGCCGAGGCUACCGAAGAGAAGCCGGCGGAGCCCGUCUCGCCGCGAUUCAUUGCGACGCCCUUGUCGCCGACUUCACAAAUCACCCCCACACCUUCGACCGGCGCCCUGCCUUUCCCCGAACCCAAGGCAGCCACUCCUACGUUCACCAACGGGCUGCCUUCUCCGUCUUCCUCGUCCUUUGGAAUCGGACACUCGCGUCAGCUCUCGCAGACCUUGCAGCUAUCAGGGCCGCCGUCGAAGCACAGCAGCUUCCAAUCUGUACCGUCAUCUCCACCUCAGCCUAACACGGCAUCGUCUCUCCAGCCGACCCUAGCCGAUGACAAGCCUGAGAAGGCGAAGAACAAUCCCGCUGAAUGGACUGUCGACGAAGUCAUUGACUGGCUGCGCAGCAAGGGCUUUGGAGACGAUGUCUGCGAGAAGUUUAUCGAACAAGAAAUCACCGGCGACGUCCUCCUCGAGCUCGAUGUCAACCUAUUAAAGAGCGAGAUCGGCGUCAUGGCCUUCGGCAAACGCAUGCGCAUCGCAAACGCCAUCACCGACCUUCGUCGCCCGCCCUCCGUUGUCUACUCCGACCACCCCGAGCCCUCGACGCCCAUCUCGCCCGCGCAGCAGCACUCGCGCAGCCAAUCGCAGUCGCAGAGCCACCACUCGUACCCAGGGACGGGCGCGGCGUCGUUCGUGUCGAGCCCGGGCCCGAACACGGCGGCGUCGCUGAUGUCGCCGACGUUGGCGAAUAGCGAGGGGCAGGCGUCGCCGAGGGCGAGGACCUUUGCGGACAGGGAUAGCUCGGACAGGAGUGCGAGUGUGGAUGAUAAUGCGAUUGGCAUGGCGCUGUCACCGGAAUCGUUCAACAGGGGCUUUGGGCUCUCUCUUUCUCCUAGUGACGGUGCUCUGAACGCGAAGGCCGUCUCCGAUAUUCAAGAAGAGGCUGAAGAGGACCGUGGGGUGCUCAGCGAGAGUGAAGCCGUCCCCGCCAGCGGUAGCAACGUCCGCCGCCGCAUCUGGGGCCGCUCACAAGACUCGACGUCCAACUCUGCCAAGGAUGGCGCGGUAUCCCCGUCGCUUUCUCAAGAGAAUGACAGGGACAGCAAGGACAGUCACAGCAAAGAGGAGAAGAAGAAAGAGAAGGACACGCUACGUCACCGCUCGCGCAAGAGCGUAGAUGGCAACACUGGCAGAGGUGGUGAACGUCUUAGCAUCUUCGGUGGCAUGCCUUUGGGUCGCAGCCGCAAGCCACCUCCCAAGUACAAUCCUGAGGACUCUGACAAGCCUGGAUCUUCCUUCACUCUCGGUCGCAUGAGCGGCAGGAAGACGUCGAGCGGCCGCCCCUCUACCUCCCAAGGUCUCAGUCAUGGCAAAGAGGAGAAGGAGAAGAAGCCAAAGAAGGAUAAGGAAGUCAAAGAGAAGUCGAAAGACAAGGACGUGAAGGAGAAGCUCGACACCGAUAAGCGCGAGCCUCAGUCGCCUACCCUCCUUCGUAAACGUACAUCGUCCACGCCGCAUGUGCCGACGGCCCAGGAGAAGGAGAAGAUCGCGGCCAAUCCACUCAAGCCGGGGCAGAGCAUCCUCGAGCAGAUUGGCGAGCCGGACCAUGCAGGUUGGAUGCGGAAGAAGGGCGAUCGGUACAACAGCUGGAAGCUGCGCUAUUUUGUGCUCAAGGGCCCGCAUCUGUACUAUCUUCGGAGUAACAGCACUAGUGAAACGAAGAUCAAGGGGUAUAUCAACAUCCUGGGGUACAAGGUCACAGUGGACGAGAGUGUGGACCCAGGUCGCUACGGGUUCAGGAUAGACCACGACCACGACAAGACGCACUACUUUAGCUCCGAGGAGAAGGCUAUCAUCCGCGACUGGAUGAAGGCCAUCAUGAAGGCCACCAUUGGUCGCGACUACACCAAACCCGUCGUCUCCUCUGUCAACAUCCCCACCAUCCCGCUCAUGGUAGCGCAGGCGAUGAACCCAGCGCCGCGUCCGCCUUCUCCGACAGCUCGUGAGGCCACGCAGAAGCUCAUGCGUCGGGAGAACCCGAACCAGCUCUCCAGUCGUGAUGCGCGGGUCCUCAUGGGCUUGCCAUCGAGCACGGACACGAAGGAGGAGCGUGCACGACUGGAGUCGUUCUUCACAAAUGAGACCGUCGACCCCGGGGAUGCUAUGCAACCGACGGAUACGCCCAGGUUGCCACCGCCGCGUCCGUCGCGCGAGAUGCGGAGGUUGAGCUCGCAGCCUUCAACACCCCUUGACGAUGGCCUCAUCGACUGGGCCAAUUCCCACCUACCUGCCAACCUCCAAAUCCACGACACUGGCGGGCCCCUCCUCACCGGGCUCGGCCUCCUGCGCCUUGCUGAGUCCAUCAAGGGCCAGCCCUCCAACCCGCCCGUGCCCGACUCCGCCUUCCCUCGAGACGCCGGCGACGAUCGCCUUGACGGGCUCUUCCGCCUCUUCGAUUUCCUCCUCGACAACGACGUCAAGAUGGGCAGCGUCAGCAUCAACGACGUCCGCCAGGGCAAGCGCGACAAGGUCAUCCAGAUCAUCCGCGCGCUCAAGGCCUGGGAGGACAAGCGCCGGGCGCUCGCUCAGAGCAUCGGCAAGGGCGCCGUGCAGGCCGGGCACUUCAUGGCGCCGACGUUCUCGUAG